AUGUGCGCGGAGAGUGUACAAAAAUUACAGCAAGCGGUGGGAAAAUAUCACACCUCUGGAAUGGCCUGCGAGGCUUUGAACGAAGAGGAAGUAGGGACGCCAAUGUUAGUGCCUGUGACGGAGAGUUUAUACGUUCCCGGGAAAGUAGGCGCGACGGAUAAAGUUUUAGUAGACAUAGGUACGGGGUAUUUCGUAGAGAAAACACCGAAAGGGGCGGAGGAGUACUGUAAAAAGAAAGUGCAGGAGUUGCGAGUGAACAUGGAGAGGAUUAUGAACGUAGUGCAACAGAAGCGAAAACAGUUGGUGAUGGUCUCCGAGCAGCUUUCGAAGAGGGGACAAUGA